AUGCCUGUUGUUUCAACCUUCUACUCACCGCAAAUGACUCCAUCCAGUCUGCCCCAGCUAAGCUCCAAUGUGCUUCCACUCUGUGGACUUAAUCCCACAAUGUCGACAAGCUCCUUUUGUGAUGUGGACUCGUCCAGUCAAAAGCCUGCCAGUCACGCGAAUUACAGCGUCGACAGCGCUACUGCAAGCAGAAAUGUGCUUUUCCACAACCCUUCGCCCACGAAUGAUGCCGCCUACACUGACCCCUUCGGCUCGGACGAAACGACCAACUCAUAUCACAUACUCCCUCGUGGAUGCACCGCCAGUCCUCUCCGGCUGGGCCACAAGGAGCAUGUGAUUGACGAGAAGUGUGUGGACGGACAGGAUGCUGACAAAAACAGCCAGUCGGAGCAUCAAGUCUUUCACAUUUCUCGCCAGCCGCCCCAUUCCUUCUCGCCCGCUACAACAGUCAGGAUGGACGCAAUGAGCGACGAAGAAGAGGCUCAACAGCUAGCCACAGCCUCUCCUUCGCGGUUAGACCGUCAGGCAGAUGCAGCAGUAUCUAUGGCGCCGGAGAGGUGCGAUGGAGCGACGCAUGCUCUUGUGGUGCAUCAUUUGGACCAUUUCGAGCAUGCCUGGGAGAACGCAGGUUCAUUAAACGGCAAAGCUGGAUGCAACCUCUCUCAGAUUUACGCCAAUCACUCUCACAUGUACACGGCCGAGUCGCUCGUGGCUUCAUCCAGCUUAGCAACAUCGCCUCUUGUUGCCAUAACAAAUUCCACUUCUACCGUGCCUAGCGCUGAAAUGACAAACCCACUUUAUCAGAUCCCUGAACUCUGUCGAGCAUCAGCCCUACAACCGUCUAGUUACCCAAUCCCACGAGCCUCCAUAGCCUACUCGAAUGACUCACUAGCU